AUGGCCAAAUUAAUCGUCCUCCACCCCGCCGUCCACAAAUCUGGCGCCGCCGCCGCCUCCCACCGCGCCUGGCUCGCAGCCUUCGCACUCAUCUUCACCUUCACCUUCGUCCUCACCCUCCUCACCACCCGCGACGCCGCCGCCCGAUCCGCCGCCGCCGCCCACGCCGGAUCCCGCCCCCCGCCGCUCCCCAAGGCCGUCCACGACGCCCUCCUCCACUACGCCGCCGCCAAUGCCUCCUCUGCCGGCCGGAUGUCCUCCGCCGAGCUCGGCCUCGUCGCCGCCGUCCUCCGCCGCUGCCCGUCCUCCCCCUGCAGCCUCCUCGUCUUCGGCGUAACCCACGAGACCCCCCUAUGGGCCGCGCUCAACCACGGCGGCCGGACGGUGUUUGUCGGCGAGAGCGCGUACCUCGUCUCCAAGCUGGAGGAGAGGAACCCGUCAAUGGAGGCGUACGACGUCCACUACGGGACGAAAGUCAGCGAGCUGUACGAUCUCCUCGAGUACUCCCGGCGGGAGGCCGACGGAGAAUGCCGCCCGGAGCAGAACCUCCUGUUCUCCGACUGCCGGCUGGCGGUCAACGACCUGCCGAACCACGUGUACGACGUGGCGUGGGACGUGAUACUGGUCGACGGGCCGCGCGGGUACUGCGCGUCGGCGCCGGGGAGGAUGGCAGCGAUCUUCAGCGCCGCCGUGCUGGCGAGGAGCAAGAGGGGCGGCGCCGGCGAGACGCACGUAUUGGUACACGAGAUCGAAAGGGAGGCGGAGAGGGUCUGCAGCGACGAGUUUCUGUGCAGGGAGAAUUUGGUGGAGAAGGUUGAGAACUUGGGACAUUUUGUGAUCGGAAAAUUGAACUCCGGCGGUGGUGAUGGCGGCCAUUUUUGUUCCUCUGUUUCCCCCAAAGCGACUUGA